UUUAAUAAGAAGUAAAAAUGGCUGAGAAAUAUUUAAAUAUAAAUACAGAAGAACUGUUUCAAAAGUAUCCGAUUAAUAAAAUUGUAAAUAUUCAAAAAGAAAUUCAAUAUGAAAUUGAUAAGAAAAAUCAAGAAUUACGAACGAUGGUCGGUGAAAGAUAUCGAGAUGUGAUUGAAGCAUCGGAUACAAUCAAAUUGAUGCAAGAAUCCGCUACGAAUGUUUUAACAGGUAUUGAGAAAAUUGUUGAUUUAUGUGAAAAUAUGAAUGCAAUUAAGGAUGAAUUAAAUCGUCAAGAUUCCAAUUCAACAUUCAAUUUGGAAGAAGAAAAAGAACAAAAAAUUUUCGAAAAAAGUAUAUCAAUGCAAAUAAAAAUUUUGAUUUAUAUACCAGAACAAAUUUGGACGGCAAUUGAUGAGAAUAACUUUUUAAAAGCAACGCAGUUAUAUUUAUUAGCUCAACAUAUUUAUACAGGAUUAAAAUUGGACACAACAAAUGAAGUUUUACAGAAUUAUCCAAUAAUUAAAACACAAUGGAUGAAAAUUGAACAUUUCCACAAACGUAUCCAUAAUAAUUUACAUAAUCAUCUACAAAAUAGUACACUUUCUGCAGAUGUUGCAUCGAAUUAUUUAACAGCGUACGCAUUAUUAGAAAAUAUUAAUAUUAGUGCGUUAUUACAUAAAUUUAUUGAAUUCCGUAAAAUCAUUUUACAAAAUGAAUUACAAAUCAAUCAUGAUCAAGGAUCGUCUGUUGCCAUAGCAGCCACAAUCAGUGCAAUUAGUGUUAAAACAAUAACAUGUUCAACAUUAAAAUUAAUUAUCAAUACAAUACAAUUAAUUUAUUUAUGUUUUAUUGAUGGUGGGAAUGGCAACGAAGGUUUAGUUUAUCAGAAAUUAAAGAAUAUCGUGAGUAAAGAUGCAGAACCAACAAUUAAUUGUGUUGAUUUUGUAUUUAGUGAUCCAUUAAUUAAAUAUCUACCAAAGAUUGUUAACGAAUACAAGCCGAUUGUAACUGAAUCGAGAAGUGAUUUGAUAACACCACAAGCUGCAGGAGAUUGUAUCCAGCGCUGGUUGGAUUGGGUCAAGCAAUCCAUUAAUUCAAAUUUGAGUGAACGUUUAAAUAUGGUGACAUCGAUUAAAGGUCUGGAUAGCAUUCGGGAAGAAGCGUUAAAAAUUAAAUUGGUUGAUAAUUGGGAACAAUUAUGUCAAAAAUUAUCAUUAGAACGUAAUUUUAAUGUUUGGUUUUUAAUAUUUCAACCAUUAAUUACGGAACGAGUCAUUCAACUGAUCCAAAUCAAAUGGAAUCAAAUUGUGGAAAUCACAUCAAAAGAGAUGUUAGAUGCGUUAAUCAAUGCAUCCAGUGGGAAAACGGCUAAACCUGAAAUUGAUUUGCGUUGGUUCACAUGGAAAGAGGAGAAAACCGAUGUUCCAUUAAAAUUUAAUGUUGAUGGUGAAAAUAAAUUUAUUGCUAAAGGUUUAUUAAUGAAAAGUAAAGGUUACUCACCGAAUGUUCUAAAAUUGUGUGAAGAUUUUGAUGGACGUUUAGGAAUGUUAUUAACGGAUCUGGAUGUUUAUUUAUUUGGAAAGGAACACAUUCAUACAGAACGUGCUAGUGUACGUGUUGAUCACUUCUUGAAUCGUAUUAAUUCAACAGCUGCUGCUGGUGGUAAAGUAAUGGCGGGGGGUGGUGUUGGUACUGGUAAUGAUAAGUUCUCUGACAAACAUGAAAUACAAGAACAUUUACAACAAAUAUCCAGGCAACAAAUGGAAAGAUUAAUCGGAGACAUUUUAUCAAAAUCAGAAAAUAAAACCUUAAGUGAGAAUGAAGUGUUAUCAUAUAAUUUAAUGAUAGCACGAUUUUUAUUGGCCAUCCAACAAUUGAGUCCAAACUUAUUGAAAUGUUUUAAACGUGAUGUGGGUCUAAGUAAUCGUGGCUCCAACACCACCAAAUCAACAAAUCAAUGGAAUGACUUCUGUCAAUAUUUAUUGGAACAACGUUUAAAAACGUGGAAUAAAUGGUUGGAUGUAAUGGAUGCACGUUUAUGUAAAAUUAUUGAGGAAUCUUUAAGGCCAUGUAUACAAGCGGAUCCAAGUAUAAUGUUAGAAUUCUAUCCGCAAUGGUGUAGAAUUGAAAUUGAAGAGAAGAAUGAAGAAGAAGAUGGAGAUAAUAAUCAUAAAUCAAUAAUUAAUAUUCCAUCACAAAUAAAUUUUUAUUUGCAAGAAUUAUUAUUUAAAAUUUGUUGUAAAUUAAAUGGCAUCAUUCCACACACUUUACCAAAAUUAAUUCAUUCAAAAUUAAUUGAU